UCCAUCAGCUGACCUACCCACGGAGUGGCAACACUCCACAAAUGUUUUGUUUUAUUUAGCGGUUUUUUUUAUUGUCUAACCACCGCAGCGUCAUGAAAAUCUUAUGUGAGGUGCAGGUGGUGAACCGCACCACCCAAGCCAAGCGGACGCCGCGGCCCGUGAAGUCCACGCUGGCCAUUGGCUACAAGCAGAGCGCCCGAGACGCCAAUGGGAACACCAAGAAGGAGCUGGAAAUGGUCCUGUUCAGCGGGCAAAACAAGACAGGCAGUCGCUACAAGGUGCGCGACAACAUCCACGCCGUGCACACCAAGUUCGUGCUGGACGGGAAGGCCACCAUUGGGUUCCUGCAGCCGCCGGAGAACCUGCUGAUCAAGUGCGAUCCCAUCCAGCUGAAAGGAUUCCUGCAGACCCUCAAGCUGGGCAUGGAGGGCAAGGAGGCCAUCAACCUGAGACUGAACAUCGCCGCUGCCACGGCCAUUCCGCAGAAGGCGCAGCCCCAGAUGCGCAUGGUGGUCAGCAAACGGAGCGAGUACCCCAUCAAGGGAUUCCCGCGCACCCUAAAGUCUCUGACCAUCAACAAUAGCCAGCUGGUUAAGCUGAGCUUCGAGGUCUGCACCUUGCGCAAUCUCACAAAGCUGGAUGUCAGCGGCAACAAGCUGACCAAGAUUCCUCCAGAAUUGGGUGGCCUGGCUCUGACCUCGCUGCACUUGGGCAGCAACUGCCUGGGUGAACUGAACGACUGGUGCUGGUUGCGGGGCACUAAGCUGAGCCAAUCCCUCGGCGAGCUGGAUUUGUCGAGCAACGGCCUCACCCAGUUUCCUGCCCCACUGGUCAAGUUUGAGCGCCUUGUCUCGCUGAACCUCAACCACAACCUGCUCAUUCGGCUGCCCUUCGCCAUUCGCCGUCUGCAGGCGCUGCGAAAACUGCACGUAUGUAGCAACAAACUGGAGUCACUGCCGGCUGCCAUUGGGGACCUGCACAUCGACUUGCUGGAUGUGUGGGGCAAUUGCUUUAAGGCCUUCAAUGCGGAUGCGGCCCAGCAGCUUAACCGGCAAUCGGCGGCCGCUAACACACCGCAACCCCUGUGGCUGAAGGCGGCCCGUGCCGUGGCCAACUACAAGCUGCCUUUGCCGGCGGGCUCUGUGCCCGCUGUGCUCAUCGAACUGAUCUGUGAGGCGCCCAAGUGCCCGUGUGGCCAGCUCUGCUACGCCCUGCGCAAGGAGGACCUUCUGCAACGAGUGGUCCAGCCCAAAUUCACCAACAUCAAGAACCUCACAUACAGCCGCGAGCAUCAGAUCUACGCGGACGUAGUCAUCUGCGGACCCGGCUGCAGUGCCUCGGUGCAGCUGAAGGCUCUGUUCAGCCUUAUGUUUACCUGAUUGGAGCAGGUGUCCGGAAUCGGCGCCCAUCUAUAACUAUAAGUAGAGUUAAGCUAACGAUUUGCUUAUGCCUAUGUUUUUCAAACCACUGAAUAGUGGUGUUUUACCAUAUUUUAUUAUUGAUUUUCAUUCCCUUAUUAUCUUCUUGUUGAACUUAAACUGCCAAUAAAAGCGAAUUUAUCAUUAGAAUAGUUAAGAAAUGCAUC